AUUUAUCGUUCUGCAAGAGUCGCGCAAAUCUGCUCUGAAUGGCUCCCAAAAUUUGGAGAUUGCAAGUCCGGCUUUCUUCGCGACGUGAGAGUCAGCAAACCCAGAGUAUUGUCUGGGAAGCUUUCAGAUCAGACGACAUGUUGCAAGCUUUCAGAUCAGACAUGCUGCAAGCUUUCAGACCAGACAUGUUGCAAGCUUCUAAUCACAGGCUCGUUGCUUUGCAUCGGUAGGAUUGCCCAUGUAGCCAGAAACGUACCUCUGGAGGUAUACAAAGUGCCGAAGAGCGACAACGACACGUCAGGAACUUGCCAAUCUGUG